ACGCUGACUGUGAUCGCUUAACGGCGCCGCUCCCUCCAGCCGCUCAGGAGCCGAGCAGGCGGGCGCAGGAGCCGCCGCAUGUUGCCCGGCACCCGGCUCCCGGCCGCCGCCACCAUUCUGCCCGCGCAGGCGCCGCUGGGGCCCGCCGCCGGCGCGCCAUGGCCGCCGCCGCAUCACGCGCUGCCCGCAGACGACGUCCCGCACAAAGAUGCUUGUAUAACCUUGAAUAUGAAACUGGACCCUUCCUACUCAAAUUUCAACAACCCGUCCACAGGUCACAGUGGUGUGAACCAGCUAGGGGGGGUGUUCGUCAGCGGCCGACCCCUGCCGGAUUCAACGCGGCAGAAAAUAGUCGAACUGGCGCACUCCGGCGCCAGGCCCUGCGACAUUUCGCGCAUUCUGCAGGUUUCCAAUGGCUGUGUGUCCAAAAUUUUAGGCAGGUACUACGAGACGGGGUCCAUCCGGCCGAGGGCCAUCGGCGGCUCCAAGCCGCGAGUCGCCACCGCUGAGGUGGUCAGCAAGAUCUCGCAGUACAAGCGCGAGUGCCCGUCCAUCUUCGCCUGGGAGAUCCGCGACCGGCUGCUGCAGGAGGGCGUCUGCACCAACGACAACAUCCCCAGCGUG